AUGGCUCUGAUCAUGGAACCGGUGAGCAAAUGGUCUCCGAGUCAAGUAGUGGACUGGAUGAAAGGUCUUGAUGACUGUUUGCAGCAGUAUAUUAAGAACUUUGAGAGGGAGAAGAUCAGUGGGGACCAGCUGCUGCGCAUUACACAUCAGGAGCUAGAGGAUCUGGGGGUCAGCCGCAUCGGCCAUCAGGAACUGAUCUUGGAAGCAGUUGACCUUCUGUGUGCACUGAAUUAUGGCUUGGAAACAGAAAAUCUAAAAACCCUUUCUCACAAGUUGAAUGCAUCUGCCAAAAAUCUACAGAAUUUUAUAACAGGAAGGAGAAGGAGUGGCCAUUAUGAUGGGAGAACCAGCCGAAAAUUGCCAAAUGACUUUCUGACUUCAGUUGUGGAUCUGAUUGGAGCAGCCAAGAGUCUGCUUGCCUGGUUGGACAGAUCACCAUUCGCUGCUGUCACAGACUAUUCAGUUACAAGGAAUAAUGUCAUACAGCUCUGCUUGGAAUUAACAACAAUCGUGCAACAGGAUUGUACUGUAUAUGAAACAGAGAAUAAAAUUCUUCAUGUGUGUAAAACUCUUUCUGGAGUCUGUGACCACAUCAUAUCCCUGUCAUCAGAUCCUCUAGUUUCACAGUCUGCCCACCUUGAAGUGAUUCAGCUGGCAAACAUCAAACCAAGUGAAGGGCUGGGUAUGUAUAUUAAAUCAACAUAUGAUGGCCUCCAUGUAAUUACUGGAACUACAGAAAAUUCACCUGCAGAUCGGUGUAAGAAAAUCCAUGCUGGCGAUGAAGUGAUUCAAGUUAAUCAUCAGACUGUGGUGGGGUGGCAGUUGAAAAAUUUGGUGAAUGCACUACGAGAGGACCCGAGUGGUGUUAUCUUAACUUUGAAAAAGCGACCUCAGAGCAUGCUUACCUCAGCACCAGCUUUACUGAAAAAUAUGAGAUGGAAGCCCCUUGCUCUGCAGCCUCUUAUACCUAGAAGUCCCACAAGCAGCGUUGCUACGCCUUCCAGCACCAUCAGUACACCCACCAAAAGAGACAGUUCCGCCCUCCAGGAUCUCUACAUUCCCCCUCCUCCUGCAGAACCAUAUAUUCCCAGGGAUGAAAAAGGAAACCUCCCUUGUGAAGACCUCAGAGGACAUAUGGUGGGCAAGCCGGUGCAUAAGGGCUCUGAAUCACCAAAUUCAUUUCUGGAUCAGGAAUAUCGAAAGAGGUUUAAUAUUGUCGAGGAAGAUACUGUCUUGUAUUGUUAUGAAUAUGAAAAGGGAAGAUCAAGUAGUCAAGGAAGACGAGAAAGCACCCCAACUUAUGGCAAGCUACGACCUAUAUCUAUGCCAGUGGAAUAUAAUUGGGUGGGGGACUAUGAAGAUCCAAAUAAGAUGAAGAGAGAUAGUAGAAGAGAAAACUCUCUACUCCGAUAUAUGAGCAAUGAAAAAAUUGCUCAAGAAGAAUACAUGUUUCAGAGAAACAGCAAAAAAGACACAGGGAAGAAGUCUAAAAAGAAGGGUGAUAAGAGUAGUAGCCCGACUCACUAUUCAUUGCUACCUAGUUUGCAAAUGGAUGCACUGAGACAAGACAUCAUGGGCACACCUGUGCCAGAGGCCACACUAUAUCAUACAUUUCAGCAGUCUUCUCUGCAGCACAAAUCAAAGAAGAAAAACAAAGGUCCCAUAGCCGGCAAGAGCAAAAGACGAAUUUCUUGCAAAGAUCUUGGCCGUGGUGACUGUGAGGGCUGGCUUUGGAAAAAGAAAGAUGCGAAGAGUUAUUUUUCACAGAAAUGGAAGAAGUACUGGUUUGUCCUAAAGGAUGCAUCCCUAUAUUGGUAUAUUAAUGAGGAGGAUGAAAAAGCAGAAGGAUUCAUCAGUCUGCCUGAAUUUAAAAUUGAUAGAGCCAGUGAAUGCCGCAAGAAAUAUGCAUUCAAAGCCUGUCAUCCUAAAAUCAAAAGCUUUUAUUUUGCUGCUGAGCAUCUUGAUGAUAUGAACAGGUGGCUUAACAGAAUUAAUAUGCUGACUGCGGGAUAUGCAGAAAGAGAGAGAAUUAAGCAAGAACAAGAUUACUGGAGUGAGAGUGACAAGGAAGAAGCAGAUACUCCAUCAACACCCAAACAGGACAGCCCUCCACCCCCCUACGAUACAUACCCACGGCCUCCCUCCAUGAGUUGUGCCAGUCCUUACGUGGAAGCGAAACACAGCCGGCUCUCCUCGACAGAGACCUCUCAGUCGCAGUCCUCCCAUGAGGAGUUUCGCCAGGAACUGACUGGGAGCAGUGUGGUGUCCCCCAUUCGCAAGACGGCCAGUCAGCGCCGCUCCUGGCAGGAUUUAAUCGAGACGCCCCUGACGAGCUCGGGAUUACACUAUCUUCAGACUCUGCCCCUGGAGGAUUCUGUCUUCUCUGACUCUGCGGCCAUCUCCCCAGAGCACAGGCGGCAGUCCACCCUUCCAACUCAGAAGUGCCACCUACAGGAUCACUAUGGGCCGUACCCCUUAGCCGAGAGCGAGAGGAUGCAAGUGUUAAAUGGAAAUGGGGGCAAGCCUCGAAGUUUUACUCUGCCUCGAGAUAGCGGGUUCAACCACUGCUGUCUGAAUGCGCCGGUUAGUGCCUGUGACCCGCAGGAUGACGUGCAGCCCACAGAGGUGGAGGAAGAGGAGGAGGAGGAGGAGGAGGAAGGGGAGGCAGCAGGGGAAAACAUAGGAGACAAAAGUGAAAGUAGGGAAGAAAAGUUAGGAGACUCUUUGCAAGAUUUAUAUAGGGCAUUGGAGCAAGCCAGUCUGUCACCACUGGGAGAACAUCGCAUUUCAACCAAGAUGGAAUACAAGCUAUCAUUUAUAAAGAGAUGUAAUGACCCUGUGAUGAAUGAAAAACUACACAGGCUGAGAAUUCUCAAAAGCACUUUAAAGGCCAGAGAAGGGGAAGUAGCCAUUAUUGAUAAAGUCCUAGACAAUCCAGACUUGACAUCGAAAGAAUUCCAACAAUGGAAGCAGAUGUACCUCGAUCUUUUCUUGGAUAUCUGUCAAAACACCACCUCAAGUGACCCAUUAAGUAUUUCUUCUGAAGUAGAUGUAAUCACUUCCUCUCUAACACACACUCAUUCAUACAUUGAAACGCAUGUGUAAGUGUAUUCUGCCCUCUGGCCGUCUGGUACCUUCUGGUACUUUGAACAAGUAUAUAAGGUAGUUUUUAUAUCAACGUGUGGGACACUUGACAAGCUAUACUUAAUGUUACCAAACUAUAUGAAACAAACCCUAUAUGGUCAUAAUACCACUGUCUUUAAUGAGCAUUUGUAUAUUUUAUAUGCAGUUAGUGCUCAGCUUAUGUUUACCAUGUGCAAAAUCAACUGUCUUCAAUGACUUAAAAUUAACUUUUACAGACAACUCUGAAGACAAGUGGUCUUCAAGUAGAAAAAACACAAAGGCGGUU